CCUAUUUUGCCUAUUUUAUGGACUUAUAAUAGCUUUAAAAAAGACAUUUUUUACCUUUGGUCUCAAAACCUGGCUGGGGAAAAAAGCUUACAGACCCAGCAGAGAAGCCAUGACAACUUUGAUCCACCGAGGAAAACGUGUGGAAGUUGGAAGGAACGCAGACAAGCGGGUGGAGGAUGAAGAACAUGCCGUGGUCAACCAGACUGUGGGCGAAGAGGACUCCGGAGACUCCAAAGACAUCCGCCUCACCCUCAUGGAAGAGAUCUUGCUUUUGGGUCUGAAGGACAAAGAGGGCUACACAUCUUUCUGGAAUGACUGCAUUUCCUCGGGACUGCGCGGGGGAAUCCUCAUUGAGCUCGCCAUGCGAGGCAGGAUACAGCUGGAGCCCCAGUCCAUGAGGAAAAAACGGCUGCUGGAUCGAAAGGUCCUCGUGAAGUCGGAUGCCCCGACUGGAGACGUCCUCCUGGACGAGACGCUCCGCCAUCUGAAGGCCACGGAGCCAGCCGAGACCGUGCAGACCUGGAUUGAACUGCUCACAGGUGAAACCUGGAAUCCCUUCAAGCUGCAGUACCAGCUGCGCAACGUCCGCGAGCGGAUUGCCAAGAACCUGGUGGAGAAGGGCAUCUUGACCACCGAGAAGCAGAACUUCCUCCUCUUCGACAUGACCACCCACCCGGUCACCAACACCACGGAGAAGCAGCGGCUGGUGAAACGGCUGCAGGAGAGCGUCCUGGACAGGUGGGUCAACGACCCCCACCGCAUGGACAGGAGGACUUUGGCGCUGCUGGUCCUGGCCCACGCCUCGGACGUGCUGGAGAACGUCUUCGCCAGCCUGGUGGAUGAGAAGUACGAUGUGGCAAUGAAUAGGUCCAAGGAUCUGAUGGAUAGGGACCCUGAGGUGGAGGCCGCCAAGGCAGCGGGCGCCGAGAUGAUCUGGGCUGUGUUGGCGGCCUUCAAUAAAUCCUAAGCCCUCCCGGCGAGCGAAGUGGUUCCAAGCGGCUUCGGCCCUUUUCUCCUCCAGGAGGCUUGGUGGUGUCCUCCCACCUUCCUGAGCAGGAGCUUUUGGCGACCGCGGCUAGCCAGGCCCACCAUCGGCCUCUGAAGCUGGGCCUGGAGAGCUCAUUCUGUUACAGGGACAGCCCUGCCUUCACCGCCAGCCCCACCGUCACACCUUCUUCAAGGGAUCCCGGGAUCAGCCAAGACGUUUGUGCAUUGCUCUCCCUAACCCUAAC